UAGAGAGAAUAACAUUAUGAAUACAUUUAAAAUUAACCAUCUGAUGAAUUGUACCAUACACUAAGAGCGGUAUGUAAUCAUUGCAAGGAAACUGCCACAUCAAGAAGAAAUCCUCGAUUUAAAAAAUAUGGCAAGCCAAAGGACAGUAAUAGCAAGCUAGAACAGUCUUCCAGGGUGAACAAUGACUGGACCAAGCUCUGCUGGCACCAGCUCAACAGCAUCUAAAAUCGGUAGACACGGCCGCUCAAAAAGCACCAACAACUGCAAGUCCACUUCGGGUGCCGAAUCAGCCUCUUCCAGCUCCACAGCCAACACUGGUCGGUCAUCGGGAGAGGAAGAGGAGAAAGAUGGAGGUGCGCUGUUUUAUGUGAACAGAACUGGUUUUCCCAUUGAAAGUGUCACUUGGGAAAGAAUGUGGACUCAUGUUGCCAAAGUGCAUCCCGAUGGUCAAGAGACGGUGGACAAAAUAAGGAACGCCGCAUACCUCCCUAAACACCCCGUGCCGUCGUUUCCGAACUUCAAGCCCUCCACGUCCGUCCCAGACUGGCUGCAGGCCGUCCAGAACUACAUGAAGAUGCUGCAAUACAAUCACACGGGCACUCAGUUCUUUGAAAUUAGGAAGACAAGACCUCUCAGUGGGUUAAUGGAGACGGCCAGGGAGAUGAUCAGGGAAUCCCUCCCCAUUAAAUGCCUGGAGGCGGUCAUCCUGGGAAUCUACCUGACCAACGGGCUGACCUCGGUGGAGCGCUUCCCCAUCAGCUUCAAGACGCAGUUCUCAGGGAACCACUUCCACCACGUGGUGCUGGGGGUCUACUGCAACGGGCGCUACGGCUCGCUGGGCAUGAGCCGGCGGGCGGACCUGAUGGACAAGGCGCUGACCUUCCGCACGCUCAGCGAGCUGGUCUUCGACUUCGAGGACUCGUACCGCCGCUACCAGCACGCCAUCAAGAAGGUGAAGAUCGGCCUGUACGUGCCGCACGACCCGCACGUCUUCCAGCCCAUCGAGUGGAAGCACCUGGUGCUCAACGCCGGCCGGCUGGGCCGGGAGGACAUGCGCAAGGAGCUGGAGAAGCACGCCCGCGACAUGCGCAUGAAGAUCCUGAAGUCAUCGAGCGCACAGUCUCCCAUCAAAGAGCGAACGAGGGGCAAGUCCCUCUCCCCCCGCCGCCGACAGACCAGCCCCCAAAGACGGCACGUCCACAGGAGAGACAAAUCGCCUGCCGCUGUGGACCGAAAACCUGCCGAACUCAGUACCCUGAACGACGGCUACCAAAUCCGCAUCUGAGGUCCUCUUCUCUCCUCUUCUCUCCUCUUCUCCUCCCCUCUCCUCUUCUCUCCUUCCCUCUAUCACCUUGCGGUGCUCCCCACCCCAUCCCCGGGUCAGCUCCACAAAGCUCUAUUUUAAAUGUAUUUAAUGGACAUUGUGUGUAUUUAUGUACAUAUAUUGCUGGGCUCCUUGCUCUCAGCAAGAAGACAAUUUGUCCACGAUGGAAAAGCAUCACUGGAAUGUUCUGGACUGUAUGUUGGGACAACAUAUCAUGGGACGUUAUCCUCCCAAUUCUGUUAUACCUUUCAAAUAGUGUGACCCAGAGUUCAUUGGCUUCACUUACAGCAGUCCUUUUUGAUGUGUACAAGUCAGGGCUGUGGCCAAUCCGGGAGCUUGGAGAAUCCCCAAAAUAUCUUAAGAUUGAAGAUAAACACAUCCGUCCACAACCAUCCAUCCCUGCCACGGUAGUAAACUUUGGGUACACAGAGAUCUAUUUUUUAAAGCCCUUGCGCGGUGAUUUUUUUACUAUGAUGUAGCGUAAUCUAGGGGCCCGUGUUAAAUGUCCUCUUAAACACGGGCAUUAUUAAUAUUGUGCCAGCGGGUGUUGCCUGGAGACAUGCAGGAAAGUCGAACGUAUCGAUUUCUCCUCUGACAGACGGAGAGCAGCAUCAUCUGUGGAUUCCGCUGCUGCCGUCUGGAGCUCUGAGAGAAUGUGAAGCCGUUUUCUUUUCGCACGUUCGUAGCUUUUAAAAGACAUUUUUAAGCGCCCCACACGGUCGGACCCGGUCCAGGACGUCAGUGCGGACGAUGGAAGCCAACGUUUUGCUCGAGCGGUAGAGAACGGUUGCGUGAGGAGAGGGGGGGAGAUGGACGGAACGACCCGAGGGGCGAGACUGCUCGGCGGACGCGAGAGCUCCGGGGGGGGGGGGGUACUGAAGGGCACCCAAAAUCGAUUCCCUCCCUGUUUCGGUCCUGAUGGGAAUUUUAAUCUAGCUCGCUGCUAAUGUACCUGAUUGGAUGGGGGGGGGGAUUGAUGGGCUUUUUUAACAGGUCAAACAAAACAUUUAAAAAAAACAAAAGUGGUAUUUAGGUGCGUCUCGAUGCCUUACAGAGCAGACGAAAUGUGUGCAUUACUCUCAGCCAGCAGCGUGUCGGCCAUUUUGUUUAGGACAAAAACGAGCUGGUGAAAAAGGUGGUGCUAAGUGAAGGAAAACCAUUGCUUAUCAGAAUGUCCGAUUACAGUAUUUGGGUAGGUCUUAAGAUCUCAUUUGCCGAAUAGCACUCGCAGAAAACACGUCCGUGGAUUAAUGCCGGAGAACGGCGGAAUACGAUGAACCCUGAGCUCAGUUUGGAAAUGAGAUGACCUGCUCCUGAAACAAAGGCACACAUCAAAUCUGUGUUAACAAUUUCAUUAUCAGCUCUGCACUGUUAAGUGUAGUGAGAUUCUUUUUUUUUGUUUGUUUUGUUUUUCGCUCAAAUGUGAAUAACCCCUGCGGAGUAUCUCAGUCGCUGGUUAAACAGUAUUAGAUCUGUAGCUUGGAGGUGUGGCUGCUAAUUAAGCUAUGCAAACCAACAUGAUUUAAUCGCGGCCCACAAUAAGGACCCUUAAGAAAGUGGCUCUACCUGUCUCUCUCUCUACCUACAAUCCUGGUCUUCCUUCAUCCAAAUCCAGCAUCGAUAACUUCGCCUGUAUAAUAAAUGUCAUUUCAAAAAAUCCAGUGAGGAACAAUGUAAAUGGAUUUUAUUAACCUUUGUGUUUUGACUUAAUUGUACGAUACGGACACAGUCACUGCUUUCCCCUGAAGUGACAAUGUUCGUGUGAAGAAGUAUCACCAAAGUUCACACUCAAGUCAAGCUGCAAAUUCCUUAAUUGUACCAGCUUUCCAGAAGCUAUUUUAAACAGAGAGGUGCCAGCUGUUGAACUUCUCCUUCUUUGUUUCCCUCGAUCAGUUGGAAGAAGCACAGAGCUUACUUUACCUUUUGUAUUAACAUCUAUCUGUCUAAUAAAUUAUCACACAAUGUAUUAUGGUGAACUGAAAUGGAUACACUAAAGAAAGAAGCCAUUUUGAACCUCCCAUAUUAUUGGAAAGGCCAUAUCAAGUGUUAAUUUGAAAGUUUUUUUUUUUUUUUUACUGUUAAACUAAAAAAAUGAAUGAAGGUGGACAGGCUCCCAAGUUUAACCAUUGUGUUCUUUACCCCCAAAGUAGACAAACAUUACUAAGUACAGCGAGUUUAUCAUUCCAAUUUAAAUCAGUCUGCCAUAUUCAUAAAAAAAAUGCCUCGUAUGACUGUCGAGUGUGGUCAAAAAAAGCACAGACUGCCGUUUGUCAUUAGCUCUCAGUGUGGGGAUGUUGAGUUAGUGUUGAGUUUUGUGUUGAGCUUGACAGCUCUCAUCGAUUGUAGGAUAUCAUUUUAAUUAACUGCGUAUGUGCAAAAAUUGUGUGUUCUCCAAGGUGUCGAAUGAAAUACAAGAAACUACAAAGUUAAAAGAAAAUGAAACCACUGUUUACUACACGAUAUAGCCGAUAUCUUGCAGCAGCAAUGCAUAACAUUUUUGGGACUGUGCAGUCUGUUGUACCGAUGUAGCAGUGUUGUAUAUUUACCCGUUUUUAAAAGCAUGUUGUGAACCUCAACACAUAAUCUUGCUGUUUUUACAAUCCAGUGCAAUCUUGUAUGAAACCUGUAAUACAGUGAAUUUCGCUGUUUAUCUUGGGAAUGUAUGCAAGUGGAAAUUCCCGUCAUUCCCGUUUUGACUAAGAACAAAGGGGUAAUUAAGGGUCCUUUUUUUAAAGAAUGAAGAGGAAUUCUUAAAAAAAAAAAAAUUAAAAAAAAGAAUUCCUCUCCACUUGUCCCCCCCCCAGCAGAGUGACUGCUCAGCAUGUGUGUGUGCAAAGUAGUGAGAACUCUGGUAGCAUUUUGGUAUUGAUGUGGGGGGUGGGAGAAGCAACUAUGAGAGUCUGAAAUAAGUGUCACUUAUUUUAACUCCGUGAAGUCUGCAGUCACCUUUUACCACUAGGGGGCACCAGAGAGCAAAAUGUCCAGCUAACUAGUUGGAGCCAAUAUGAGCAGUGCCUGUUCAGCCAAUCCUCACAUUUCUCAAAAGUUCAGUCAUUUUUUAGCAUGACUUGAGCCAGACAAGACUCUUAAAGGACCGUCCAUUAUUUUCUACAUAGUGGAAGAUGAUUUUGUAAUGCGAAUGUGGAGAAAUGUACCCGAGCUGAAAUUACUGCUGUUAAAAUGGUCAAGUUGACUUAUGUUUGUACCUACUGUAGCAUGUGUUUUAUUAAAACAAAUGAAGGUUUUAAA